CGCUGGUCUUCAUUCUACCUCAGAUUUAACACCUGUUCAGGACUCGACCCAAACUGUGGAUCUACAAUGAUCUGGACUGCUGCGAUACUCAUACUGGUUAUUUGGAAAGUUGACUCAGAAGACUACUGCUACAAUGAGCCACAUUGUGAUCCGUAUGCUUGGGGAGACAACUUUGAAUCGUGUCAUCCGUUACUUGAACAACAUCACUCUCCGAUCAACCUGGACCACCAGAUGAGCAGGAACCAGUCCCUGGGGUCUUUACACCUGAAGGGCUUUGAUGUGGCUCAAACAGGACCCUGGACCCUGGAAAACGACGGACACUCAGUGGUGCUGCACGUUGGUGGUGGGAUGUCGGUGAGCGGCGGGGGUCUCCCAGGGCUUUACCACACCGUCCAGCUGCACUUCCACUGGGGGAGCCCGGCGUCCAACGGGUCAGAACACACGGUGGACGGGCGCCGAUACCCGAUGGAGAUGCACAUCGUCAACAUGAAGUCCAUCCACCCCAACCUGACGGCGGCUUUGGCUGAUCCCACGGGCCUCGCUGUCCUCGGAUUCUUCAUAGAUGUUGUUUAUGCAGACAAUGUUCACUUUGGACACAUUUCACAAAAACUUUCCUCCGUUGCUUAUAAAGGCCAAACUAUUAAAAUGAAGCCAUUUCCACUGAUGAGCUUUUUGCCAACACACAACCUGAGUCAGUAUUAUCGAUACUACGGCAGCCUCACCACCCCCCCGUGUUCUCAGGCCGUUGUAUGGACGCUGUAUGAAGUCCCCAUCUACAUAUCAUGGUCUCAGCUCGCUCAGUUCACGUCGCAGGUUUUUUCCACAGAGGAGGAUGCAGAACAGGUGACACCGCUGCAGAACAACUUCAGACACGUCCACCCCACGUUCAGCCGCAUCAUCGCCGCAUCCAAAGACGCCAGGGUCCUCAGCGGGGGAGGAAGCCCCCCUCCCAGGUCCACAAAAACCCUGUUUCUGUUUCUAAUCCUUCUACUGGGGACAUUUGGUUGUGACAAUUACAACUACAUUUAGACUCAAAUAUGAAACACUGUAGCUCAUUCAUUUAGGAAAAGUCUUUGUUUUUUUUUAAAUUACAGCUGAGAAUUGUAGAAUUUUCAUCUAUGUAUAGUUAUAGUUGUUUUAGCAGAGAACAGGUAUAGAAAAACUGUGAAGAAUAGAACUGAAAUGUGUCACUAAAUGUUCCAUAACUUUCUUUCUGUUGCUGCAGGAUUAUUUUCUUUUAUUUUUCAUUUUGCUGUUAAAGGGGCCAACAAAUACAG